GAGGUUUUGGUGGACGCGGACGUGGUGGACGUGGAGGCCGAGGCCGUGGACGUGGUGGUCCCGGUCGUGGUCGCGGACGUGGAAAGGAAGGAGAGAAGGAGUGGGUCCCAGUCACCAAACUCGGCCGUUUGGUCCGUGAUGGCAAGAUCCGUACUCUGGAAGAGAUCUACCUCUUCUCUCUGCCCAUCAAGGCAAGCAAAAAAUGUAAGAAAUAGUAUGUAAGAAUGUGCAUUAGUGUUUCUAUCCUCAUACAGGAAUUUGAAAUCAUCGAUUUCUUCCUUGGAACUGCCCUGAAGGAUGAAGUUUUGAAGAUCAUGCCAGUUCAGAAACAAACCCGAGCUGGUCAGCGAACUCGCUUCAAGGCAUUUGUUGCUAUUGGUGAUUACAAUGGUCAUAUUGGUCUGGGAGUCAAGUGCUCAAAAGAAGUAGCCACUGCCAUUCGCGGUGCUAUCAUUUUGGCUAAGCUCUCAGUCGUUCCUGUUCGUCGAGGAUACUGGGGUAACAAGAUCGGUAAACCCCAUACCGUCCCUUGCAAGGUUACCGGCAAAUGCGGUUCCGUCUUGGUACGUCUCAUUCCUGGUCCCCGCGGAACUGGCAUCGUGUCAGCUCCCGUCCCGAAGAAACUUCUUCAAAUGGCCGGUAUUGAAGAUUGCUACACUGCGGCCCGUGGUAGCACAGGCACACUGGGCAAUUUUGCCAAGGCAACUUAUGCUGCCAUUGCUAAGACGUACGCUUACUUGACACCUGAUUUGUGGACCGAGACGGUAUUCAACAACUCACCGUAUCAAGAGCACAGCGACUAUUUGAUGAAGAACCAUCGCCCCAUGGGCACUCAACGUCAAGAAGCCAAGGCCUACUAAAUCUUGGUAUGUCACGUUUAGCGAGACAUCGUUAAGAACGAAUACACGUGACGAAAUCA